AUGCCGAACUCAAACUUGAAGUACCUCCCCCUCGUCGCCUUCCUCUUCCUAUCCCUCUCAUAUCUUGAAGGUACUCAAGCGACAAAGCUCGUCCUCCCCGGUGUAACCAAAAUCUACCCCACCACCGAACCCACCACGACUCCGAAGGUGGUCAAGACGAACAGGCCUUGGGAGGUCACGAAGGGAUACCUCAACCCGACGACCACCGUGACCACCACCACGCCCUACUGA